CUUUAAACAAGUUCCUUAAAUAUAGAAGAGAGAAAUAAUUCAUAUUAAUAAGCAGAUUCUCUUUCUUUUCUGCUAUAUUCUUUCUCUCUCUUCAAUAUCAUUCUAUAAGAAAACAAAAGAGAAAAGUAUUCAAUAGUAUGAGUUUUCAUAAAAACAAUAAUAUAUUUACAGACUCAGAGUCAGAAGAAGACUAUUCUGAUAACUAUCAUUUAAGCUUAAAAAGUAAAGCGACUGUUGCUCCAAUGGCAUCAGAUCUUGAUCAGACUCUGGAGCAAAUAACCACAGACGACGAAAACAUGUUAUCUCUACAAAGUUCACCUUCACCUUAUGCUUCUGAAGAGCAAGAAGAACCCAUGGACGACGAAGAACAAGACAACUAUUUAGACCCAGACUUAUACUGCUUAAGACGUUCAGACCGACAUAAAAAGACUACAGGAGUAGAAUCAGAAGAAAUGACAUUUACAACAGAUGAAGAGAUACAAGACAAUAGUUCAGAUGAUGAUUAUGGUAGUCCUAAGCAAACAAAAACAAGACGAAAUACUCGUCCAUCCAAAACUCAACGAGUGUCCUAUGAAACUGAAGAAGAAGAAGAGAGUAUGAGCUCUGAAGAAGAUUGGGGAUCCACAAAGAGAAAGACGAGAACAAAGCGUCUUAAACAGAAAUCUCAACGUGCUAUUUCUCCAAGUGAUUUCGCUCGUCAUUCAACUCGUGCUCGUAAAGUGACAAACUACAACGAAGAUAAUGCUGAGCUUUGGGGCCUUUCAGAAGAAGAGAUUGUCGAGACUUAUACCCCUGUUCCCGCUGAAGAAGACGAAGGAGAUGUGAUUGAACAAGUGCUGGAUCACCGAAGAAAAGAAGGCGAUGAAGGAGGCCCCGAUAUACCAGAAAAAAACCUUGAAUUUCUGAUCAAAUGGAAAUCUUGGUCUCAUCUACACGACACUUGGGAUACAUAUGAAUAUCUUAAAACCUGUAAAAGCUUUCGUAAACUCGAAAACUACAUCCGUAGCUAUUUUGACGAACAAAACUUUCGGGCCAAUAUCGAGACCACGCGGGAAGAAAUUGAACAACGCGAUAUCAAACUUUCGCGUCGUCGAGACGAAAUUCAAGAUUGGCGGACAGUCGAUCGUGUUUUAGCCUCGCGUGGCCAACCACCUAACAUUGAAUACUUUGUUAAAUGGAAACGACUUCACUACGAUGAAUGCACUUGGGAGAGCGCUGAUUUAAUUGCUGCUGAUCAUCAGCCAGAGAUUGACGAUUAUCUCAUUCGAGAACAGAACACCCAUAUUCCUCAUCGGUCCACGACUUAUCCUCGAGGCAAUCGACCCGAUUUUAGUGCGUUCAAGACACAGCCUUCGUUUAUUUCUGGUGGCGAAUUGCGUGACUAUCAACUACAUGGUGUCAAUUGGAUGUAUUAUUUAUGGUGUCGAAAUGAGAACGGUAUUUUGGCAGAUGAAAUGGGAUUAGGAAAGACAGUUCAGACCAUUAGUUUCUUGAACACCUUGUUUCAUCAUAGUCGAUUGUAUGGGCCAUUUUUGAUUGUGGUACCCUUGUCCACGUCUGAUAAUUGGAUGCAAGAAUUUAAGCAGUGGGCACCUGAAAUGAAUGUGAUUUGUUAUCUAGGCAACAGAGCUUCGCGUGAAGUGAUUCGAAACACUGAAUUUUAUCUCUCAGGCACAAAGCGACUCAAGUUUAAUGCAUUAAUCACUACUUAUGAAAUUGUUUUGAAAGACAAGGAUAUUUUGGGCAACAUUCGCUGGCAAUAUCUCGCUGUAGAUGAAGCACAUCGGCUCAAAAAUGCUGAUUCUCAGUUGUAUGAAGCACUUUUUGUGUUCCAGACAACCAACCGUCUGUUGAUCACAGGUACACCUUUACAGAACAAUGUGACUGAACUAUUAGCUCUUGUUCGGUUCUUGAUGCCCAGCAUUGAUCUCAGUGCUUACAAUUUUGAUUUGGAUGUGGAAGAUAUUAACCAAGAAGAAAAGAUCAAAGCACUCCACAACAGGAUUAAGCGUCUGAUGCUGCGUCGAUUGAAAAAAGAUGUCGAAAAGUCACUUCCCAACAAAUCAGAACGUAUCUUGCGUGUGGAAAUGAGCGAACUCCAAAAGACAUACUACAAGCACAUUUUGGCUAAAAACUUUGACUUAUUGUCAUCUGGUACAGAAAGCAAGAAGCAAUGGCUUAAUAUUGCUAUCGAACUAAAGAAAGCAAGUAACCAUCCUUUCUUGUUUCCCGAUGUUGAAACACCUUCUACCAGUCGCAUCACACAACUCAAAGGUCUGAUUGAAAACAGUGGUAAAAUGGUUUUGUUGGAUAAACUCUUGAGUCGCCUUAAAGAAAACGGUCACCGUGUAUUGAUUUUCUCUCAGUUGGUCAUGAUGCUUGAUAUUUUGUCGGAUUACAUGACAUUGCGUGGACAUCCUUUUCAACGUUUGGACGGCUCCAUGAAGCCUGAAGACCGUAACAAGGCCAUUGAGCACUUUAAUGCACCGGAAAGUCCUGAUUUCGUCUUUUUGUUAUCGACACGCGCAGGUGGUAUGGGUAUCAACCUAGUGACAGCAGACACAGUGAUUAUUUUCGACAGUGAUUGGAACCCACAAAACGACUUACAGGCCAUGUCACGUGCCCAUCGUAUUGGUCAAACAAAAUCAGUCAAUGUCUAUCGAUUUGUGACGAAAGGCACGAUGGAAGAAGACAUUAUUGAACGUGCUAAGCGAAAGAUGGUGUUAGAAUAUUGCAUUAUCAAACAAAUGGAUACAUCGGGUCAUUCGUUUUUAGCAGAGCAACAGACACUCACUAACACAAAGAACCGAGAUAUUCCAUUCAACCGUGCAGAAAUGUCUGCUGUACUCAAGUUUGGUGCUAAAAACAUGUUCCAAUCCACAGAAAAUACGCAGCCUGUGAAUGACAUUGAUCUGGAUGAAAUCCUGGAGCGUGCAGAGACCACAGAGACAUUAGAAGGUCAAGACAGUGCAUUGGGCUCAGAUGACUUUUUGGCUCAGUUCAAGAUUACAGACUAUGGAGGUACAGCAGAAGAUCUUAGUUGGGAUGAUAUCAUUCCUCAAUCUGAACGUGACAAAUUGGAACAAGAGCAAGAUAAGGAAGAUCAGGCUGCCUUGUAUGACCGUGCAGCUAAAAAGAACCGUGUCAAGUACAACAUGGAAGAAGAGGAAGAAGAAGAAAUAGACACCAAGAAACGAAAAAGAGCCAGCAAUGGUACGUCGAGUCGUAAGCGACAUCAUAACGGAAAAGCAGAUGAAUUAUCUGAACGUGAUCGACGAGCCAUUGUUCGUGCUGUACUCAAAUAUGGCGAUCUUGAGGCACGUUACACUGAAGCCGUCAGUGAUUUCGACUUAGAGCAGAAAGACAAGGAACUCAUUCUAUCCCUUUACAAGGAUUUAAUUGCUGAAUGUAAAGCUCAAGUGCGUGAACAAGCUGAAGCCAAUCAUACUAUUGAAAAAAACCAAGAACCUACAGAAGAUCAAUUAUUGGCAGAACUUCGUCAUACAAAACAAAAGGCCAUCUUGUUUACAUGGCAUGAUAUUGCUAGUGUCAAUGCUGGGCAGAUCUUUCAACGCCAUCAUGAUAUGAAGGUGCUAGCUCGUCGUCUUAGUGCGGUACCUGAUCGAACCAAAUUCCGUAUCUCGUUGGGUGCUAAGCGUGUUCAGGGUUGGUCGUGUGCUUGGGGUCCUAAAGAAGAUGCUAUGCUCCUUGUGGGUGUGCAUCAUCAUGGAUUUGGUUCAUGGCCUGCUAUUCAAGCAGAUACACCACUUGGUCUUUCAGACAAGUUCUUUAUUGGCAGUCAAGAUGACGAUAAAAAGACACCUAAAGCUAUUCAUCUAGUACGUCGUGCAGAACAAAUGAUGAAGAUUUUAGCAGAAGAAGACAAGCUACGAAAUGAACGAUCCUCUAGUACAAAAAAGGGGCCUAAAUUAAAGCAACAACAAAAGCAACAGCAACUACAACAACUACAGCAACAACAACAACAACAACUACAACUACAACAACAACAACAACAACAACAACAACAACAACAACUGCUGCAGCAACAACAGCAAGAGGAAGAAACGAUCAAGAAACGUAAAUCACGCACAACAGAUUUGCCUCGACCAUCUAAGCGUACUGAAAAAGAAAACAAAGUGCCAGACGAUAGUUAUGACGAAGAUGCCGCUUAUUCUUCUAUGCGGCCCGUUAAACAUGUCUUGUGUCGAUUACGCGAUGAUGCUAAUAAGGCAGACGGUACAGAAAAGGCGCAAAUGAUUAAAGAAUGCAUGCUUAAGAUUGGUAAGCACAUUGAUCGUCAAGUCCAUGACUAUCCUCGCGAUGAACAUCUAAAGCGUCAUUUGUGGAUGUUUACUUGUCAAUAUUGGCCCGGCAUGAAGCUUUCUUGGAAGAACCUGAUUGAUGUUUAUGAGAAGAUUGUCGCUGCUACUCAAAAAGAAGAAAAGAAUAACAGCAGUAGAGAACACAGGCACCGACAUCGAUCUCCUGAACAUCGUCGAAGAGACAGUACUUCUUCGUCAAGAAAAAGUAGUCAUCAUCACCACCACCAUCAUCAUAGUAGUAGUGAGCAUGACAGUAGACGUAGACGAUCUUCUUCUUCUCAUCGUGAUGAUCAUCAUAGAAAGUAUGAUAGAUAUGAAAGAAGCUCAAAAGAUAGACGUCGAUAAAGAGUGGAAGGAGAGGGGAAAAGUUCUUUAUACCAUCAUUGUACAGUUACCCCCUCUUCUUUUUUUUAUAGUCUUCUUUUUUUGUAUAAUAAACUCUUGUCUUUCUUGUUCUUUU